GCGCAGACUGAUGAAAUUACAGGUACGAUUUUUCCCUUGCCGUCCCUGAUCAUCAUAGCAGCUAAUGUUUCCCAACCGUCCGUCCCGACCAGUAAGCCAAUUUUACGUAGCGUGGUGUUCUUUCAAGUUUCAAGGCCACAGUGUGUUGUCCCUCUAUAUAAGCCAAAUCAUCCCAGAUACGGUCUCUGCUCUUCUUCAGGUCCCCAAUUACUGAAGUCCGUCAAUCCUUCCAUUCCGCUUUCCUCCCAAUGGCCACAAUCAACGGCCACUGCGAUCCGGCCUUCACCCGGGUGCGCGAUCUCCUACAGCAAUUGAUCAACAAUGAAGAAGAGCUAGGAGGUUCCAUCUGUGUCAACAUCGACGGCCAGAAUGUAGUUGAUCUCUGGGGCGGCCACGCAGACCCAGCCCGAACCAAGCCAUGGGAAAAAGACACAGUAACUGUGGUAUGGUCUGUUUCCAAAGUCAUCACCGCCAUCGCAACCAACAUCCUCAUCGACCGUGGCCUCUUAGACCCGAAUGAGAAGGUCUCCAAAUACUGGCCCGAGUUCGCUGCGAACGGCAAGGAGAAUAUCCUGGUAUCACAGCUUCUCAGCCACACCUCGGGAGUAUCAUCCUGGGAGCUUCCCAACACCUUAGAUGAUAUUUACGAUGCAAAGAGAGGUGCCGAUAAACUAGCCCGACAGGCCCCCUGGUGGACGCCCGGCGAACGUUCCGGCUACCACGUAGCCAACCAGGGCCACUUGCUCGGCGAACUUGUCCAUCGCAUCAACGGAAAACCGCUGGAUGAGUUCAUCCGCGACGAGCUUGCCAGUCCGUUAGCUGCGGACUUUCAGCUCGGUGUCCCGGAAAAGGACUGGCCGCGGACAGCAGAUGUUUCCCCGCCGCCGCCACUUCGUCUCGAUGGUGUUGACCCGCAGAGUGUUAUGUUCAAGAGCUUCGCUAGUCUGCCUAUGCCGGCUGAAGAAAGUAUGGGUCCUGGCUUUAGGAAGGCGUUGAUCGGUGCGACGAAUGGAUUCUCUAACGCUCGUGGGAUUGCGCGCAUUGCGUCGGUCGUCUCGCUUGGAGGCACGGUGGACGGAAAACAGUAUCUUUUUCCUGAAACUAUUGACCGCAUGCUGGAGGAGCAGAUCAGUGGGCCGGAUUUGGUCUUGAUGUAUCAUUUGCGUUGGGGUCUUGGUGUUGGUUUGCCCGUCCCGGAGACGUUUCCUUGGUUGCCCGACGGUCGCAUUGCUUUUUGGACGGGCUGGGGUGGUUCGGUGGUUGUUAUGGAUCUUGAGCGACGGAUGACGAUUGCCUAUGUUAUGAAUAAGAUGGGAUCGGGCACGUUGGGUUCAGAUAGAACGGCGGCUUAUGUGCGGGCUGUCUAUGAUUGUCUGGCGUAGGUGUAUUAGGUUUCCCGAAUAUAUAUUAUGAGUAUAGUUAUGCUGUUCAUAGU